UGCAGUGCGCGACAGUCCGCGCCCUUGUCGUGCUUUUGUGGGACAGGUCGCAGCACAAUGCUCCCGCGGGAGCACGUGUUGCUGCGCUGGGAGACGCUGCGCCGCCACAACAUCCCGCUCGGAGAGCCGCUCUACGCCCGGCCGCUCGACGGCUCCGGGCAGCCACGGCGGGUCCUCGCUUGGGCGGGCCGCAAGCUGCAACCAGCGUCCCAGUCAACCACCGCGGGUGUGCACCGCUCCCACGGCGAGUCUGGCGUCGAGCUAUGGGUCGGCCAGGCGACGACGCGAAGCGAGCCGCGUGCCUACCUGCACCAGCCUCGCGAUGAUGCCGCCGCCGCCAAGCCACGGGAUGUGACGAGCGACGGGUUGGGCGAGGGCUCGGCCGUCGACGAUGAGCUGAUCGCGCUCGCCGAGCUCCCGCUGCACGCGCCGCACGUCUUUCGCGAGUGGGGCGUGCCCGCUCCCAGAGGCAUCCUCGUGCACGGCCCCGCCGGCGCAGGGAUCGGGGCGAGGCUGAGCCGUGCACUGGACGCGCACUACGUGCACGUGUCGGCAGGAGACCUCGCCUCGCGGCAGGGGGCUGGAGCGGAGGAGAGGCUCGCUCAGGCGUUUGCGGAGGCAAGCCCCGCCGCCGCUCCUCUUCCUUGCGGUGGAGAGAGCGGCUUCACGGCUCGUGCGGGUGGGUGCAGGCGGCUGCUCACGCCGUGGCGCUCGGACUCGCGCGCAGGCCGGUUCGACUGCGAGGUGGAGGCGGCGGUGCCGGACGAGGCGGAAAGGCGGCGGCUGCUCGACGCGCUCCUCGCCGCGGUGCCGCACUCCCUCACCGACUCGCAGCUCUCCAGGUAG